AUGAAAAUUCAAACUCUGGCGGGAACUCGAACCCUAAGCGGGGAGCCGCCGCGCUCUACCGCUUACUACUACGCAGACCUUGAGCGACUCAAGCGUAAAAAUGGCCAAGAACCGAUCCAGGAAGUCAUUGUACAGAACCCUGACGAACUAAGUGAAUACGUCGACACCAAUGAGGUAAUAAACGAUGGGGCCGUACGCGAAGUGCCCCCCCUCAGAGACAGGGUUCGACACUGGAGCCUCCCGGAUUACAACACUCCAGAAAAUUCCAGAAAAAUUGAAGAAACUUACUCGACCGCGGGCACCUUUCCUAUGCCCGAGCCAAAAGAAAAAGAACCACUCCUAGCUGAAUUGGAAGUCGUUGGACGAUUGCCGUUGACGCAGUUGGAUUCUGCCUCAGGAGUAAGGAGGAGCAGAAGUUGGUAUCUUUGCUGUCCAAAUGUUGCUGAGGAGGAGAUAUCAAGGGAAUCGUCUUGGAGAUACUCCAGCUUGAGGCCGGUGACAGCACCGCCUAUUGCUGGACAAAAUGGGUUCCACAUGAUGGUUGCUACACAGAGCUCCGGGCCAGAUGACCUGGCUUCUCUGCGAGCUGAACGCGACGGGCUCGCCCGAGCGCUGGCAGCGGAACGACAACGCGCGGCCACAGCAGCCAGAGCACACGACGCGAGGCUGGCAGAACUUCACGGUGUCAUUGCGGAGCUGGUGAGAAGACGAGCGCAUGACAAACAUGCGAGGGCUAUACCCGAGGAGGAAGUGUCCGACGAAUGCGAAUCGACGACGCAGCCGGCCGGAGAGCUGGACAACGACGCGGACAGAUCACGGACGGAACAGAAUGACACGUUAUCAGCCCUGAGCCCAGCGGAGCUGCCGACUCCUCACGAGUCGAAGGUGGAGCCGGAGCCAGACGACACUACCGACACCAGCACGCAUUUAGCCAGUCGGUCGGAGUGCGCGCCCGACGUGGAGGAGAGGGCGGCGCCCCCCGCCGACCUGCCCACGGACGCGGAGGCCACCGACGCCUGCGACACCUCCCUCAACCUCUCCGAGAGGGACUCCGACCCCGGCCGGGGCAGCGCGCGGUGCUGCGAUGGCGGUGGAGAUACCAGUGCGGGGGGGAGCUGUGAGCGGGAGAGGGGCUCGCCAGACGAACACAGGCUGUACACACACUCCGCCGGCCGGUGCGAGUCCCGGCAGGCCAAGCUAGCGUCUCGUGUGCGCCUGCGCAAGACAGAGGACGACGACUCCAACAGACCUCCCUCCGAUGACGGGUGGUGCGCGGAGGCGGCGGAGCGGCUGGCGCUGGACGUGUGCGCGCACGCAGACCUCAGGGAGGCGCUGCUCGCGGCCCAGCAUCACGAGGGCGGUGGUGGGUGUGCGGGGUGCGCGGGGCGGGUCGCGCGGCUGCUCGCCGAGCGGCGCGUGCUGCGGUGCGCGCUGUCCCGCGCGGCGGACACGGCGCACCGGCUGUACUGCGCGUGCGCACUGCACGAGUCCACGUCCGUGGCGCUGUGCUGCGCGCUGCGCGCCGCCGACCGCGCGCUCGAGGCCUACGACGUGCUGCUCGCGCUCGCCGAGACCUGCCACGCGCCGCGCGACCCGCAGCGCUCGUCGGCGGAGCUGGUGGCGCGGCAGCUGCUGGCGCGGCUCGACGCCGAGCGGGGCGCCGCCGCCAUCGGCGAGCCGCUGCUCUCGCCCGGGCCCUGGCUGCAGCACCACGCGCAGGUGGGUCCGGGCGCGUGGUCGCGCGAGUGCGAGGCGCGUCUGCGCGCGCACGCGGCGCGCCUCAAGGCCGACACCGUGGCGCUGCGCGGGAACCAGCCGCCCAAGAUGUUCUCCUACCACGACGUGGAGGAGUCGGAGCUGGUGGCGGCGCGCGCGGGCUGCAGCGCGGCCGAGAUGGAGGCGGCCGUGGCGCUGCAGGACGCGCUGCACCACACGCACCUACACCAACGACCCAAGGGCUCGUCCCCGCGCCGGUCGCGCCGCACUCGCCACUGGCUCGACACGCGCGCCUCCGAGACAGACCUGUGA